AUGGCCGGGAUAGAAGUAAGAAAUCAAACCAGUGUGCAGGAGUUCAUCCUUUUGGGCUUUCACGGCACUUGGUUUUUCCAGAUGUUUCUUAUUGUGGUGUUUGCUGUGAUGUACUUUCUAACCAUCGUAGGGAACGGGUCCAUCAUCGCCCUAGUGAGGAUCCAUCCACGACUCCACACUCCUAUGUAUUUCUUCCUCUGCAAUCUCUCUGCCUUGGAGGUCUGGUACAUCACCGCAUGUGUCCCGAAGGCUAUUGGUGUCAUGUUGGGCACAAGCCAAACCAUCUCGUUCACUGCCUGCCUCCUGCAGAUGUUUUUCCUCCUCUUCUUGGGUUCCACAGAAUGUUUGCUCCUGGCUGUCAUGGCCUACGACCGCUAUCUGGCCAUAUGCUACCCAUUGCGUUACAGCGCCCUCAUGAGCAGCACCUUCUCUGCUCAGCUGGCUUUCUUCUCUUGGCUGGGUGGGUUCCUGGUUGUCUCUCUGCUGGCAGCACUAAUAUCAAGGUUGUCUUUCUGUGGCCCAAAAGCCAUCAAUCAUUUCCUUUGUAUCAUUGAUUCCGUGAUAGCGCUCUCUUGUACGGACACGCACCUCGUUGAGCUGGCCACGUUCAUCGUCUCAAUCAUUGUUAUCCUGGGCUCAUGUUUGAUAACUGUGGUCUCCUACAUUUACAUCAUCUCCACCAUCUUGAGAAUCCCAUCAGCCCAAGGCCGGCAAAAGGCCUUUUCCACCUGCUCAGCCCAUCUCGUCGUUGUAUCCAUCUGGUACGGAUCCACCAUUUUUCUGUUUGUCAAGCCUUCAGCACAGAAUUCCUUGGACUUGAACAAAACAGUCAAUAUCUUUAACACGAUCGUAUCUCCACUAUUAAACCCUUUCAUUUAUGCGCUAAGAAACAAAGAGGUAAAGGAAGCCUUGGGAAAGACGUUAAGGAGGCUAUUAAGUGGUUUUGAAACAUCAUGA